CAGAGGAUUUUCACUUACUCAGAAAACAUAACAGAGGACACACCUGAGAGAGUAUGAGGUCGCCAUAUUUCCCAGCAAGGUCAGUGCUUUUCCGCAAGGAGCCCAACGGAGUGACGUACAGAGUCCCGGCGCUGCUCUACCUGCCCCGCUCCAGCUGCUUCCUGGCCUUCUGUGAGGAGAGACUCAGCCCCUCCGACUCUCAGGCUCACCUGCUGGUUAUGAGGAAAGGCACUUUCUACAGGAACUAUGUGGAGUGGGAGGACAUGCGUGUUCUGGGCUCUGCUUUCCUGCCAGGCCACCGCUCCAUGAACCCGUGCCCAGUGUACGAUGAGUUCACAGGCACUCUCUUUCUAUUCUUCAUCGCUGUUCUGGGUCACACGUCAGAGUCCUAUCAGCUGGUGACAGGGAAGAAUGUCACCCGCCUCUGCUACGUCUCCAGCACCGACAACGGAGACACCUGGAGUCCUGUCACCGACCUCACCAAGAAGGUCAUAGGAGACACCAUCAAAGAAUGGGCCACUUUCGCCCUCGGUCCGGGCCACGGCAUCCAACUGAAAUCAGGACGUUUGCUGAUUCCUGCCUACGCUUACCACAUCGAGUGCAAAGAGUGUUUUGGACAGCUCUGCCAGACCAGUCCUCAUGCCUUCUGCUUCCUCAGUGACACCCAUGGGCAGACCUGGCGUUUUGGAGAGGCGGUGCCAGGCCCAGAGAGCGUGGAGUGUCAGAUGGCGUCAGUGGAUGAAGAGGAUGGGACAAAUGUCUUAUACUGUAACGCCCGCAGCCCCCUCGGUUACAGGGUGCAGGCCCUCAGUCUGGAUGAUGGAGCGGUGUUUCAAGAGGGGCAGCUGGUGCAGCGGUUGGUUGAGCCUCGAAAUGGUUGUCACGGUAGCAUAGUAGGAUUCCCAGCUCCGUUACAUGUGUGUCAAAAUCUUAACCAUCACUUACACCAACCUACACAUCGCUCCAGACAUUGGACUCAUUCAAAUCACACAACCUCCCCCUUCCCAAACAUCACUCCGGUCUCCACCAGCCCUUCUUCACCCAAUCAAAGUGCCCCUUCCAAUUUCCUUACUCCUACAUGGGUGGUGUAUUCCCACCCAACAUGGACCACUGCACGCAAGGACCUAGGUAUUUUUCUCAGUUUAUUUCCCCGGGAUCCAGACAGCUGGCGGGGCCCCUGGGUGAUUUAUGAGGGUCCCAGUGCCUAUUCAGACCUGGCAUACAUGGAGCUGCCACCCUCACCUGGCACCCCACCCGCUGUGGCCUUCGCCUGCCUGUUUGAAUGUGGCACCAGAACAGCCUACGAUGAAAUCUGCUUUAGCAUCUUCACCCUCUAUGAGCUUAUUGACAAUCUACCGCGGGAUGAGCAGCUCAGAAGGGACGCUGGUGAAUAUAAACCACAGCAGAAUCACAAUCAAGUGCUCAAGACAGGUCGGGGGUGUACGAGUAGACAUGAUGCUCAAAAAACAUGUGUUCAUGUGAAGAAGAGGAGGAAGAAGAGCAAGCUGAGAGAGCUGUGCUCCGUCUCUUAAAUGUAGUUUUAAAAUCUUGCAUUCAAUGAAGUUUUCCAUCCAAGUCCAUCCAUGUUUUAUAGAAUACUGUACCUCUU